CACUCUAAUCUAAUUAUAGUACGCUCUGCCUGCGCGUUACGCGGAGGCUGGACCGUCCAGUGGAACACGUCGCUCCUGUUCUUGUAUAUUUAUUUAUUUAAAUACCCAGUGUGUUGAUUGAGUAAUCAUGGUGAACCAGCGGGAGGAAAACGGCUGGCAGCCGUGUAAAAACGACUCGAGCGGGGCGAGUAACAGCGGCGAGAGCUCGAAGGAGAGCUCCAGGUGCUCGACCCCUGUCGGGGAGGCGGACCGCGGACACAGGCUGAGGGACAAGAUGAGGCGACGCAUCGAGUCCGGUGACCGCUGGUUCUCCCUCGAGUUUUUCCCUCCACGCACAGCCGGCGGUGCCGUCAACCUCAUCUCCAGAUUCGAUCGCAUGGGAUCCGGUGGGCCUCUUUUCAUCGACAUCACUUGGCAUCCAGCAGGAGAUCCUGGCUCUGACAAAGAGACCUCAUCCAUGAUGAUCGCUAGCACGGCAGUCAACUACUGUGGCCUGGAGAGUGUGCUGCACCUGACUUGCUGCAAGCAAACAAAAGAUAAGCUCACGGCCCAUCUGAGCAAGGCCAAGCACCUGGGACUAAAAAACAUCAUGGCACUUAGGGGAGAUCCAGUGGGAGCAGACUGGGAAGAAGAAGAAGGAGUGUUCAAUUAUGCUGUAGACCUGGUGAAGCACAUCCGCAGUGAAUUUGAUGACUACUUUGAUAUUUGUGUUGCUGGCUACCCGACUGGGCACCCAGAGGCCGAGAGCUAUGAAGAGGACCUGAAGCACUUAAAAGAGAAAGUGGAUGCAGGAGCACACUUUGUUGUGACUCAGCUCUUUUUCAGAGCUGAAACAUUUUUGAAAUUCCUUAAGGAUUGCAGAGCUAUUGGCAUCACCUGUCCCAUUCUUCCUGGAAUUUUCCCCCUACAGGGCUAUCAUUCACUACGUCAACUGGUCAAACUAUCAAAGCUGGAGGUGCCAGAGGAAAUCAUGAAGGUCAUCGAGUCCAUCAAAGACAACGAUGAUGCCAUUCGCAGCUAUGGAAUCCAGCAGGCCGUGGAGAUGUGCAAGGUGCUACUAAACAGCGGCGAUGUGCACGGUCUGCACUUUUAUACACUUAAUAGAGAGGUGGCUACAACUGAAGUGCUCCGGCAACUCGGCUUAUGGAUUGAGGACCCUCGACGACCUCUGCCCUGGACUGUGAGUGCUCAUCCCAAACGACAAAUGGAGGACGUCAGGCCAAUUUUCUGGUCCACAAGGUCCAAAAGCUAUAUCUAUAGAACACAGGACUGGGAUGAUUUCCCCAAUGGAAGAUGGGGCAAUUCUUCAUCUCCAGCCUUUGGUGAGUUGACUGAUUACUAUUUGUUCUACCUGAAGAGCAAGUCGCCUAAAGAAGCUUUGUUAAAGAUGUGGGGAGAGGAGCUCACAAGUGAGCAGAGUGUGUACGAAGUCUUUACUAAUUAUAUUACAGCGCAGCCCAACCAAAAUGGACACAAGGUGAUAUGUCUGCCAUGGAAUGAUGACCCCCUGGCUCCAGAAACGAACAUGCUAAAAGAAGAGCUGGAAAAAAUAAAUCGCAGAGGAAUCCUCACCAUCAACUCGCAGCCCAACAUCAAUGGCAAGCCUUCCUCUGACCCCGUUGUAGGUUGGGGACCCCCAGGAGGAUACGUCUUCCAAAAGGCUUAUCUGGAGUUUUUCACAUCAAGCGAAAAUGCAAACGCACUUCUUAAAGUGCUGAAGAAAUAUGAACCUCGCGUGAACUAUCACAUUGUCAAUGUCAAGGGUAAGAAUAUUACAAAUGCCCCUGAUAUGAAACCCAAUGCUGUAACCUGGGGGAUUUUCCCUGGCAGGGAGAUUGUACAGCCCACAGUGGUGGAUCCAGUCAGCUUUAUGUAUUGGAAGGAUGAGGCAUUUGCACUGUGGAUUGAGCAGUGGGCGAAGCUGUACGAGGAUGAAUCCCCCUCCAGAAUGAUUAUUCAGUACAUUCAUGAUAACUACUUUCUGGUCAACUUGGUGGACAAUGAAUUCCCCCUGGAUAAUUGUCUGUGGCAGGUCAUCAACGACAUGUUCGAAUUGCUAAACGCACCUCCGGAACCUUUGGAACAAAACCUUGACUAGGCAGAUCUGCUGCUGUUUCAUUUUAGGACUUUAUUAAACACCCUAUAUAAGCAGUUAUAAUAAUGCCACUAACCUUUCAGUUGUUACAUAUCGUACUGUGAUAUAUCAGUAAUAUUCAAAUCAGUACCGAGUGGAUUAUUCAUGUUGAGUGGGUUAUUUUAAAAAUACCAUAUUAUUAAGACAUAUGGUUGUUAACCAUUGUAUAUUACUAUAGUUCAAGCACUUAUUUUACUAUUAUGACUCUAACUUAACUGAUUUUAAAGCUAUUUAUCAACAGGUUUCAGCAAUUGCACAAGACUUUUGGGAACUUAUGCAAGCUGGAAUACAAAUGCACACAAAGCAAGUGUGUUGUUUUUAAAGAGACUGAAUCAGAGGUGAAUGCACAUCAUCCAAGGCUGUGGAGGCUGACGCUGAUCAAGAUUAGUUAUAAUCUGACAAAAAAGGUGCUUGCCCAUAGCCUUGGAUAAUUUCAUCUUUUAUUUUUUUAUGCAAGUUUUUUAUUUUGCCAGUUUUUCAUGGAUUGCUGAUAAAUAUCAAAAUAAAAACCGCACACUAAGACUGUUUAUCUUA